AUGUCAGAUCAACCCCGCGGCCGCGGCGGUCGCGGUCGAGGACCUCGUGGCGGAGACUUUGGGGACCGCGGAGGUUGUCGCGGAGAUUUCCAGGGCCUCCCUUUUCGCCCUUCUGAUCGUGGGGGGCGAGGUGAUUUCCGCGGUGACUUCCGCAGUGGCCGCGGUGGUGGUGAUCAUCGCGGCCGUGGAGACUUCCGGGGGCGCGGCCGCGGUGGUGGUCCUCAGGGCCCUCGAAUCUUUAAUGAGGGCAAACCUAUUACUCCACCUGAUGCCACCGUCGUCAAGACGGAAGACACCGUGGCCAAGGCGCUCGUUGCCAGUCGCCAGAAAAUUGCUACGAACGCUGCGCGAGCAUAUCCCGACCGGCCAGGAUACGGCACUCUCGGUCGGCCUGUUACGCUAUAUGCCAACUAUCUGCCCUUUACCUCAGUCGGCAAGCCAAUCUAUCGCUAUCAUGUCUCUAUCGCCGCAGAGGGCAGCAGGGAGCCUGCUGGCAGAAAAGCACGACACAUUGUGCGUCUUCUGCUGGAGGAGCACUAUUCUGCCAAUUUUAACGGCAUUGCAACCGACUAUCGCUCAACACUCAUCUCAGUGGCCAAGCUUGCUGAAGGCCAGUUCGAUGUGCGCUACAAAGAUGAAAAUGAUGAAGAAUAUCCUGAACACCCGAAUGUGUACAAGGUUACCAUCCAACACACAGGCGACAUUAACCCGGCAGACCUUAUCAACUACCUCACUUCCACUAAUGCAGGGAGUAUGCUGAGUUCCAAGCCCGAAAUUGUUCAGGCUCUGAACAUCAUCCUGGGUCAUCAUCCGAAGACCGAGCGCUCGGUAGCCUCCAUCGGUGGAAACAGACAUUACAGCUUCCAAGAAGGCAUCAAGGAGAGUGCCAGUCUCGAGGGUGGUCUAGAGGUGCUUCGCGGCUUCUUCGUCAGUGUGCGAGCUGCCACAGCCCGUGUCCUGCUGAAUGUCCAGGUCAAGUACUUGGCCUGCUACAAAUCAGGGCCCUUGGAAUAUGUGAUUCAAGAGUGGAAGGCUAGCAAUUUUAAGGCCAGUUCCUACAGGAUGGAGGCUUUUCUGAAGCGUAUGCGUGUUUGCAUCACGCAUUUCAAGCGCAAGGGCAAAAAUGGCAAAAAAAGACCCGCUCGCGUCAAGACUAUAUCCGGUCUGGCAACUCCCCAAGAUGGUGGUUCAGCACCCAACGGGCCAAAGGUGGAUGGCUACGGAGCUGGUCCCCACAGUGUGAAGUUCUUCCUGGAUGCUUCUGGCUUGCAGUCUCCACAGCCUGGUAGUGGAGAAGGCAAGGGGAAGAAGGGCAAGAAGGCCCCUCCCAAAGCUGGCCCUCCUUUAGCUGGGCAGUACAUUAGCGUUGCUGAUUUCUUCAGGAAAGAGUACAACAUCACUGUGAACCCCGAACUCCCUGUUGUUAACGUCGGAACCCGAGACAAACCCGUCUACCUCCCUGUGGAGGUUUGCGAGGUCGAGGCUGGCCAACCUGUGAAAAGCAAGCUCUCCCCUAAACAGACACAAAAUAUGCUUAACUUUGCGGUCAAAGGCCGCAUGCCAGCAAAGAAUGCUCAGUCUAUUGUCACGAAAGGUGUGGGGGUAUUGGGAAUCGGUCAGCCACUGAAUGCCACACUCUCUUCCUUCGGAAUCAGCCUUGGCGAUAAUCUUAUAACAGUGCAGGGCCGUGUCCUGCCAGCCCCCCGGAUUAUGUAUGCGAAGCAGAAGGAGCUUCAGGCCAAAUUUGGCAGCUGGAACAUGCAGUUCAUUGAGUUCUCCAAACCUUCUACAUUGAAGAACUGGGUUUGGCUUUUCAUCGACGCCCCUAACAGCAGACACGGUCUCUCUCCACAGGGGCUCGCUGGCUCAUUAGAUGAGUUUGUCCAGACUCUCAAAAAUAUGGGUGUCGCGGCUGAGAAGCCUAAGGGAGGCACAAGGAUUGAAUAUUCCUUUAAUGCCGACAAUGCUCCGGCUAUUGAGAAGGCCGUACGUUUCUUGCAAGAAAAAAAUAAGCCCGAGCUCAUUCUGGGUAUUCUGUUCGCCAAGGACGCCCAGGUCUACAAUACGGUUAAGCAAGUGUGCGACAUACGCUGCGGUCUGCGAAACGUGAACGUGCAAGCCAAGAAGGUGAGGGGUGCCAACGUGCAAUAUUGGGCAAAUGUCGGCCUGAAAAUCAACCUCAAGAUGGGAGGUGCCAACCAAACCCUUCGAACCUCGGAUCUGGGCUUCUUCGCCGACGGCAAGACCAUGCUCGUCGGUCUCGACGUCACCCAUCCCUCCCCGGGUUCCAUCAGUUCGGCACCCAGUGUGGUCGGGAUCGUCGCCUCAGUCGACGCGCAACUCGCACAGUGGCCCGCAGAUAUUCGCAUUCAGCCUGCGCGCCAGGAAAUGGUUUCUGACCUCGAUACCCUUCUACAAUCACGCAUGAAGAUCUGGGCAAAGCGCAACAAGGGCAAGUUCCCGGAACACAUCGUCGUCUACCGUGACGGCGUGUCAGAGGGCCAAUAUGACAUGGUCAUUGAGAAGGAGCUGCCUCUCUUGAAGAAAGCCUGCCAGAACAUCUACCCAGCCUCAGAUACAAUGAAAGGCCUCCCCCGCAUGGCCAUCAUCGUUGUUGGAAAGCGUCACAACACCCGCUUCUACCCAACAUCCGAUGGUGACGCCGAACGCUCCGCCAACCCUCAACCUGGCACCGUCGUCGACCGCGGAAUCUCCGAGGCUCGCCACUGGGACUUCUACCUGCAGGCUCACUCCGCGCUUCAAGGCACCGCCCGCCCCGCCCACUACUUCACUGUUUGGGACGAGAUCUUCUACCCACUACAUCCUGGCGUCAGACCCGGCAUCUGCGCUGCCGAUAGACUCCAGGACCUUACACACAAGAUGUGCUACCUCUUCGGCCGAGCAACGAAGGCUGUCAGCGUGUGUCCGCCUGCCUACUACGCCGAUCUCGUCUGCACCCGUGCUCGCUGCUACAUGAGUGAUCUGUUCGACCCGACUCCCUCUGCGACUCCGACGGGUAGUGUGGCGGGUGAUAGUGGUGGUCGUGUAUCCGAGAGCCAGGCAACUGUUCACCCCAGCAUCAAGGAUACCAUGUUCUACAUUUAA